GGUUAUUCAGGUGCCGGUGAAUACAAGGCAAGAGAAGAACAAAGGAUAGAACUUCAGUAAGUCAUCUCCACGUCUAGAGCUGCUGCCAUGUACUUUUCAGACAAAAGGAACAACAUGGCGAAAGUCAUUCAUAAGCAUUGUGAAGGGUGUUACAGUGUUCACUGUCGUGCUCCGGUAAACCUUUCAAUAUCAUGUUUGGUCAUUAAGUGUAGCAAAAACUGUGGAGCCACCUUUCAUAUGUGCAAGCAAGAAGAGCACCAGAUCCUUUGUCCUUAUGAGAUUGUCCCUUGCCUAAAUAUGGACUUUGGCUGUCCCCUUACAAUGCCACGCCAGAAAUUAGCCAAACACUUGGAGGUCUGCCCAGCCAGUACUGUCUGUUGCUCUCAAGAGUGGAACCGUUGGCCUGUUCCCGAAACUGACAUUACAUUUUACAAAAAUGUUUCUGGGAAUCUAAAAUUGAAAACUGAUGAAAACCUUGAUGUUGCUCUUGCUCUCAGGGAUCAAGCCCUGCUGUUUCAGUCCAUCAAAAUGAAAAAUAUUUUCCCUGAGAUGAUGAAAGAAGAUCCUGCCUCUGAAAAUAUGUCUGAUGGAGUUAAAAGUCAUGUUGAGGAUGCUUCAUGCCUCUUAGAUUUUAGUGAAUCUACAGAAAAUGGAACAGCAGAAGUGGAGGUAAAAGAAUUGGAUAAAGAAAAUGAAGAUGACUUGGCUAACAUCUCAGAUGUGACAAAUGCCCAAAAUUACAAUACAUGGGAGAAAAUAUUUAGCAAGGAGAAGGAAGGGUGUAAUCAAGCUGCAAAAAAUGUAAAUAAGGACAGAAAGAGAGAAGGAAAAGAAGAGCAAAAACAUUUAAACUUUGAUGUAGAAAAUAGAAACAUUAAUCAGGGUGAGGUAAAUGAUUCCAGAAAUAUGAAUGGUGCAACUGGCCUUGCACCUUGGCAAGAUGGUGUCCUUGAAAGAUUGGGCAAAGAAGUCAAUAUUGCAGAAUAUAACAUGUACUUAGUGCACAAUGGGGCAAUGUUGAUCAACUUUGGUCAACUUAGUGCAUGCACUCCUAAAGAGAGGGACUUUGUUUAUGGUAAUCUAGAGCCAGUUGAGGUUCAGACUGUCCGGUCAUUCAAUGUACCUACCAGUUACAGAGCAAAGCGCAGUCAACUGAAAAACCCAUCACACAAAGCCAAAACUGUACACCAGAGUGUCGACACUGCAGAUUUGGGCUCGUCCAUUGAAGAUCUACCCAAGUCUGAAGAGGUUAGCGCAACGCUUCUGUGUUGCCUGGAAAAGGAACUGAGAGGGCAUUUAAUCUCAGAAAGUACUACAACUGAUGGCCUUUAUGUAGAUAUAGGAACACAAACGUACAACUUUUUCUCUGCCCCCUUCAAAGAAGAUGCAUCCCUAGCAGAUGUAAUUGCAAAAAGAACUUGUGGUCUUUAUGUUGAUGUCGCAACUGAGCCUGUCACAAGAAGACACAACAAAACAAGCUCAGCUUUCAACUACAUGUGUGGCCACUCCUUCCGCCGUGAUGAAUUCCAUUCUCAUUUCAGGAAUGCUCACUGUGAUAUACAGGCUUCUCUGAGUGGCUGGUUUCAACAGCGCUGUCCAUUGGCAUACCUUGGAUGUACAUUUUCCCAGAUAAGGUUUCACCCUGCAGGUCAACAAGCAAUGAUCAAAUACAGCCAAGAUGUCAGCGCCUUGGUACUUCAGCCACAUAUCCCUUCAUGCCUAAGUGACGGUGGGAAAAGCUGGAAUCCUCAUGGAAGUGUCACUAAAGAUUACAAUGACUUAAGUAGUCUGCCCCUUGAGAUCCUUCAGCGUAUUGCUGGUUACCUUGACAGUUUUACACUAUCUCAGUUAUCACAGGUUUCCCAUCUGAUGAGAGAUGUCUGUGCAACAUUGUUGCAGGACAGAGGAAUGGUUUUAUUGGAGUGGAAGAAAAAGACAUAUUCACACGGUGGGAGUUCAUGGAAAAGUCGGAAAAAAAUCUGGAGGUUCAGCUCACUGUUUUCUACAGUGGACCGCUGGAGCUUCAGUAAUGUUCCUUCUAUGUCGGAGCACCUGAAAAGCUGCCCCUUCUACCAGAGAGAGGAACUCAGGGAGCCAGUGGCUCUGGCCUGUCUGGAAGAGGUCAGAGAAAAACAUGGGGAACUGAAGCAUAUAAGAUGAACCUUACAACUUGGAGCACAGUGGGUGGACCACUGUGAGGUUAAAGCCACUUUUAGGAAUUCUGGAGAGACUGGCCAGAGGGUUCUUUUAAACUGCAAUGUGAAGCUUUACUCAUUAGGCUUUUAAUUAUGUAUCUGGAAAUAUUAAAUUUAAAAGUAACACUUAUAACUUUGGUUAUAAGCCAAUGUUAUCCUAUUGUUUGUGAAAUGCAUUAGAAAGUGCUGCUGUUAAAAGCCUGUUUCAGUAUGCCUAGACUGACAUCCAGUGGAACAAAGCUGAAGUGCCUCAGCUAUGCAGAUGAUUGCAUAACAGUACAUAAUAAAAAAUGCAUUUGGGUGUCUGAUUAAAAGUUAGGUUACAUAUGCAAUUUCUUAGAUUAUACAUAUUAAAAGUAUUUAUUAUGCAUUUAUAUACAUGUUUUCCUAAGUGCCCCAGAUGAUUUAUUUUUCAGACUUCAGCUGUGAUUCUUCAAAAGUACAAGUAUUUUACUUUUCCACUGAAUUUAAAAAAGACAUACAAUGAUUAUUAAAUAUUCCUUCUUUGUCUCAUACCUUUCAAUUAUAUGCUGAACUAAUU